AAUUAAAACAAAAGCUUCCUACCUUUCUUACCAUCAUCUGACAAGAAAGACAAGUUCAAACACUCGUCAUCAUGCCAGCCGCACCAGCAGAUUUAGUUCAUAACACACCAGAAGAAAUCACAGAAGCUCAUAGAGCUUUACGUGAGUCCUUCGCAAGUGGAAUCACGUACGAUGUCGGAUUCCGCAAACAUCAAUUAAAGCAAUUGUCAUUCUUACUGAACGAUAAUGUCGAUGCUAUCUCUGAUGCGAUCGCAAAGGAUCUCGGAAGAUGCAAAUUCGAAUCAGUGUUUGCAGAAAUCAUGUUAACUACAAAUUCCGUUUUGGACGCUCAUAAUCAAUGUGAAAAAUGGGCAAAAGAUGAAAAGAUUUGGUCAGGCGCAAUUUGGGCACUUCAUCAUCCAACUGUACGUAAAGAUCCAAAAGGAACAGUGCUAGUUAUUGGAGCUUGGAAUUAUCCAAUUUCCGUUCAAAUCGGUCCAAUGAUCGGUGCUUUGGCUGCAGGUUGCACUGUUAUCCUUAAACCAUCUGAAGUCGCCGCCCAUUCUGCUCGUUUGUUGGCUGAAUUGUGGCCCAAAUACAUGGAUCCACGUAUGUCAAGAGUGAUCAAUGGAGCCAUUCCAGAAACUACACAAUUGUUGGAUUUGCAAUGGGAACAUAUCAUGUAUACCGGAAACGGAACCGUUGGCAGAAUCGUUGCUGAAAAAGCAGCUAAAUAUCUUUGCCCAACUACUUUAGAAUUAGGUGGAAAAUCACCUGUCGUCGUUGAUGAUGAUGCAGAUUUCAAUAUCGCAGCUCAUCGUAUCCUUUGGGCAAAGGUUGUCAACGUUGGUCAAACAUGCAUUGCACCUGAUUAUGUUUUAGUAACAAAGAAUAGUCAAGAUAAACUUUUGGACGCAAUGAAAAAGGUUGUCAAAGAAUAUUUCCCUAAUGGUAAUCGUGAAUCACCCGAUUUUGGUAGAGUGGUCAACGAUCGUCAAUUUAAACGUUUAGCCGGUAUCCUAGACCGCACAAAAGCAAACGUAGCGAUCGGUGGACAUUUUGAAGCUCCUGAACGUUAUAUGGAUUUGACUGUUUUACAAAACGUUCAACCUGGUGAUGCAGCCAUGGAAGGUGAAAUCUUUGGUCCAAUCUUGCCUAUUAUGAGCGUACCUAACGUUCAAGGUGCUGUCGAUUAUAUCAAUGCAAAUGAUCGUCCAUUAGCCACAUACGUCUUUGGAUCAAAGAACACCACCAACGAAAUUAUCAAAAAGACCCGUUCAGGUGGUUUAGUUGAAGGAGACCUUCUAUUACAAUACGUUGUAGAGGACUUGCCGUUCGGAGGCAGCUCAAAAUCCGGAUAUGGUAACUACCAUGGAAAGGCUGGCUUCGACACAUUCACCCAUAGCCGUGGUUGUGUUCAUGCUCCAUCAAGAGGAAUGAUGGGUCAAAUUGCCGAAAAAGCUCUUUCCACACGUUAUCCUCCUUAUAAAGAUAGCAACUUAAACUUUAUGCGUUUAUUGAUGGGUAAAUCUCCAAACUUUUCACGCCCCGAAAAGUCUUACAGUAAGUCCUCUUCUUCAAGCGGCUUUGGCAUCGGUAAAUUAUCGGCUUUGAUCUUCCUUUUGGCUGCAAUUGCAUUCACAAGACCUGAUAGCCUAAAUCACUUCAUUGCACAAUUACCAAAGAUCAAGUCGUAACUGGGAGAGGACGUAAAACAAAAAUGGUGGAUAUCUAAUGCUCUUUUCUGCUUCAUAUCUCAUCUUUCUUUCAUUUCAC